AUUUGGUGAUUGGACAGGAUUAGAGGAUUAGUGACACAGCUGAAUGCACUGGGUCUCCAUCAGCAUCAUCACUCUGUCUCUCUCUCUGUCUCUGUCUUUGUCUCUCUCUCUCUCUCUCUCUCUCUCUCUCUGUCCAUCAUGUCCCUAACUGUCCCUGCCCAUAGCUGGCGUCCAGGGAAGUAAGCGUACACACUGGACAGAAGCUGAUGAUCCAGUAUGGAGAUGUCUGGGCUCUCCAUCGGCAGAGGAGGCUGACUGCGAGGCUUGACAAAGACGACAGACUACCAAGCUUCAUUCAACUUUUCCAGACUUUACUCCUCGGGAACAAGCUGCCCUCCAUCCUCUUGCUGUCCGGUGGAAAUAUGUGUAUCCUUUCCCCGGCCCUUCUCUUCUUCCUUCUUGCCUUUUAUACCCCGCUAUGCCUCUUUCCACCCAUGGAUUGCUCAAACUUGUGUCCACACCAGUGCAUUUGUUACGAGCACGCUGACCUGGUGGACUGCCGCGAGCGGGGGUUCCAGCAUGUUCCCAGGGGCCUCCCACACGCCACGUGGCUGCUGGAGCUGGGAGGAAACAAUCUGAGCCAGAUCGGCGCCGGAGCCUUCGCUGGACUCUGGUCCCUGCGGGUGCUGGUGCUGACCAACAGCCAGAUACAAGAACUGCAACCACAGGCAUUUUUUCCGCUGUCCUUCCUGGAGAAGCUGGAUCUCAGUUGGAACCAGUUAACAUCUCUACCUGUCGACUUCUCAGCCAGUCUGUCUGCUCUCAGAGAGCUCCGACUGGAGCACAACAACCUACAUCACGUCUCUGGAUACAGCUUGGAGUAUCUGGACAACAUGGAGAAGCUGGACCUCAGUCAUAACCAGCUGGUGACGAUUGGCUCCGGCGUGUUCAGGGGCCUCUCCAGGCUUAGACACCUCUACCUGCACAACAACAAACUGACUGUGCUGCAGCAGGGGAGCCUGGAUAUGCUGCCUGGACUAGAGGUGCUCCAGCUGAGUAACAACAACAUCUCCUACAUAGAAAAUGAUGCUCUGGCCCCUCUCUACAGCCUGGCAGUCCUUGCUCUGGAGGGAAACAACCUUCAUCACCUCAAGUUUAAGACCUUAAUCAGCCUUCAUACAACAGCUACACACAUCCAGCUGUCAGGCAACCCGUGGAGCUGUGACUGCGAUCUGCACCGCGUCUUCAGCAAAAUCCUGCACGUUCGCCACCUCCACAUCGACGACUACAGCAACGUGACGUGCCAGGGUCCGCCGCAGCUGGCCGGGGCUUCGCUGGCCUGGGUGGACAGCCAGCUCUGCAUCGCCGAGACCGCCACCGUGCUCGUCAUCACUUUCACCGUGCUGGUCACCGUGGUGGCGGCUAUGGUGAUGGCGGAGAGGAACAGGAAGAGGAACGGUGGGAAGGACUGGGACACCGAAUCACAAAACCAAACUUAGAGCCCCCCCGUCUUGAGAGGAGGAGGAUACCUAAUAAUAUGGAGACAAUGUGAGACUGGAUGGGCACAAAGGGACCACCAAUGUGAAAAGCCACCCAGAUUCGGUUAUCUCAAAAGUGAUUUAAAAGGGAUACAGGUGGUUCAAAAGCAGUUUAAAGGAAUCACUGGAUAGUACGGUCAGCGGGAGUUAUAUAACUUUAUUUAAUUUAAGUUUUACAACCCUAACCAACUACUGGAUGAUUUCUUCAAUGGACAAAUUCCCCUUUCCCUUUAAUAUUCAAACAGACAAGAGUCUGUACUGAAUGUCUGGAAGGCCUGAAGGACACUGCAAGUGUGGUUUUUGCUCAACGUACCUUUAAAGCCCCUGUGUGUAGAUUGUCUUUUAAAUGUUAUUUUGUUUCUGGAGAAAAAUCGAUAAAUUCAGGAAAAAAUGAA